AUGUUGGCAGUUGGAAACAGCUUCGAUGAAAUCCGAAGCUCAGGUAAGAUUCCACUCAGUUUGAGCGAGGAGAAAUUUGACUACACAGAAAGCGAGUUUGACGAAAACGAUGAUUCGGCAGUCUCCGAAGGCCAUAUAAAACUUGACAAGAGUUUUAACUUCCGCGGAUUCAUGGAUAUGCUAACUGGGAAGCAGAAAGCAUUCGAACUGGCGCACCAGCUGGACGUGAAGCGCGGCGUGUCGAGCGGGAUGGAUGAGCUUGUGUCGCCGGAUGCGCUCACCGAGCAGCCGAGCAACGACGAGAAGGCGCCAGUGGGCGCUAUACGACGGGUACCCUCAGGAGCGCGGCAUGCCACCGUAGGGCCGACGCUGGAGGCGACACCGGUAAGGCAGACAACACAGGGCAGGGGCAGCGAUCUUCUUCUGAUGCAGUCGACGCCCCUCGCGAAGCCGGCCACCCUCAGUCGCACGCAGCCGAAGGACCUCCUGCGCGAAAAGUUGAUUGAGAACCACCACCGCAAGGCGAGUGGAAACAGCGUUGGCUCAGGGCAGGCGCAACGCGAUAUGGUCCAGGAACAGAAGGACUUGCGCGAGGAAAUGUCCCGGUUGCAGGAGGAGCUUGCCGCCCUUGAGAAUCGCCAGUUAAAGAAGGACGGCGAGAUAAGUCAGCUAAACCGUACCUUGAAUGACAAGGAUAUGCAGCUAGCAGAGCUAAAGAAGCAAUUGGAGUCCAAAACUGGCGAGGUAAUAAGCCAGGAGCUAAAAGCCGCGAAUGCGCACCAGCGGGCGAAAACACUAGAGAAUGAGCUUGAGCAACAGAAAAAUAAGGUAAGGGUAUUGGAAAAGGCAAUGGAGACUACGGCCAUGGAGGUCGAGGCGGAGCGCACACGCUUGAAUAAAGAUCUUGAGCAAGUGACUUUGGAAUACAAAAAGUACAAGGUCGAAACCGGUUUACGCUCAAACGAAACUUCCAAUACGUUACAGCAAAUCAAAGGGAAGAAUAAAAUUCUCAAGGAUGACCUUGAGAAGAAGACUAAUGAGGUUAAUGAAUUGAGGGAUAACAUCUCCACCAAGGAAAAAGAAGUUUCUAAUUUGAAGAAUUUGUUGGCUGACUUAAAGGUUCUGGUCAACGAGUUGCGGGCCGACAAAAGUACGGUAGACGUGCAAUUAGAUAUCCAAAAGAAAGAAUUGGAGGCCGCCUCUUCCAAGUUAAAUAGUUUAAGGGUAGAGUUUGAUCAAUUGAAGAACGAGAAAGAUACCGAGAUUAACACUCUAAAAGCUGAUAUCGAAAAUAAUUGGAAAAAGAAGCAGGUACGACUAGAGGAGGUCGAAGCAAAAUGUAAUGAUCUAACGGCCUUACUCCAAAAAAGCUACGAGACUAAUAAGGAACUGUCAGUGCAGCUAAAGAGGAAGGAUACAGAAAUCGGGAAAAUAAACGAUCAGCUUAAACGCACAACGGUGGAAAAGGACUCUUUAAGGGAUUUUCUUGAGAAGGCGAAGUGGUUUGAGAUUCCUGUCGGGACUAUAUUAUUAGAUCUGUUCAAGAAACAACGCAGGCCUGCGAACGGUUAUAAGACGAUUUUAAGUGAAAAGUAUGAAAUAGUCGGUUUUCGCUUAACUUCAGAUGAUGAGCUUCUCAAUAAUUUACGUCAAAAGGUGGGAUCGUUAGAAAAUUCCAAUAAUCUUCUUCAGGAAGAACUGGAGAGUAAAAUUAAAAAUACGCAGGAGAUGUUUGGUUCGCAGGAAGCCAGUAUGAAGAAUGAUAUUAUAAAAUUAAGUGAAGACUUAAAAGCCCGCUCCGCAAUGAUAGACAAACUACAAUCUGUUAUUGAUAGCCUCCAAAAGGAUGCUGCCGCGCUUCUCAAAGAAAAAGAUGAGUCUGUGAACAAGAACAUAGAGCUAUCACAGCAUAUUGCACAGUUACAGGAAGACCAACUACAGCGUGAUAAUACUACCUUCUUGGAACUUUGCCAGAAGAACCAGGAGAUUCUCCAAUACAACCAUGAAAUGAUGGAAAAGAUGCACGUUAUGGAAGCAGAAUUACGCUCUGUAGUCAAGGCCUCCAAUGAUUUGCAGUUUAGCAUCUCGGAGAAAGAAGCCGUCCUAAAAGAAAAGCAGCAGAUCAUUACUGACCUACAGAUGAACAUAAAUCAACUACGCAAAAAUUUGGAAAAGUUAAAGGGAAACCCUGCAGAUAUGAUAUCGUUUGAGAGUGCGCAACGGAUAUACCACAACUUGGAUCGCAAAAUGUACAACACCUUAAUGGUUGACCAAGUCAAUCAAUUGGAUCUAGUCGAGCUUCAAAAUGUUGUCAAGAACAUCAUUCUACUGCUCGAGACACCCUUCUCCAAGUUAUCCAAAAAGAUGCCACUCGUAAGCAUAUACUUGCGCUAUGAAAAGAGUUUAUGCUUCCAUUUUGCCAACAAGUUGCACUUCCAAGUCUACCAGGAACCGAUAGAUAUCAAGAAAUUCACAAAUGAUGCGUAUUCACAGUACCUAGAAAGACAUGAUAUAACAAAGAUUAAGCAUCCACUAGAAAUAUGUCUAGAGAAACUAUAUGAUGAAGUUCGCUCCAGGUUAAAAUAUUAG